AGGAGAAGUUACAUCCGAGAAAUCUUAUCCCAGAGCUUUGUAGACUGUUCUAUGGUUUAGGCUGGGUAACCGGAACCGGUGGAGGAAUCAGCUUGAAACAUGGGAGUCCAAAAGGAAAGAAUACAGCCAGAAGAUAUGUUUGUUUGUGACAUGAAUGAACAAGACAUCAGUGGUCCUCCACCACAUAAGAAACUAAAGAAAAGCCAGUGCACACCUCUUUUUAUGAAUGCCUACACUAUGAGAGGGGCAGGUGCAGUGAUCCAUACUCAUUCCAAGGCUGCUGUUAUGAUUACCCUUCUUUACCCAGGGAGUGAGUUCAGGAUUACCCAUCAGGAGAUGAUAAAAGGAAUCCAGAAGUGUACUUCAGGAGGCUAUUACCGAUAUGAUGACACACUAGUGGUUCCCAUUAUUGAGAAUACACCAGAAGAGAAGGAUCUCAAGGAAAGAAUGGCACGUGCAAUGGAAAAAUACCCAGACUCUUGUGCUGUAUUGGUCAGACGUCAUGGAGUUUAUGUAUGGGGAGAAACAUGGGAAAAAGCCAAAACUAUGUGUGAGUGUUAUGAUUACUUGUUCGAUAUUGCAGUGCAGAUGAAGCAGCAUGGUCUAGAUCCUUCAAAACAUCCAGCGGGAGAAAACGGGAUUUUAUAAAAGACAACAACAUUUAUAUUCAG